AUGGAAAAAGAUAUGGAAUCAGCUACCAGAAAAACAGCUUCCCAUUUGGGCAGCCACGUCAGCGCUGAGGGUACAAAACCUCGAUUAAUUAAAGCUCUGUCUACAGAGAUGUUGAUGCCUAACAUUGGUUAUGGGAACAAGAUGAAAACAACGCACAUGCUGCUCAGUGACUUUCAGAAGUUUCUGGUCCUUGAAGUGCUACUGAUGUGCCACAAAUCUUACUCUGCUGAGAUUGCUCCUUAUGUCUCCUCCAAGGACCACAAAGCCAUUAUGGAAAGAGCAGCCCAGAUGGCCAUCAGAGUCUCCAAUUCCAAUGCCAGGAUAUACAGCGAAGAAAGUGAAUAG